AUGGACGCUAUCGUGGACACCGGCACCACCUUCUUCACCGCCCAGGGCCGGCUCUUCCGAGAAGUGAUGAGCCGCCUGAGCGUGGCACCCUGCAACAGGUUGACGGAGGAGAGCCAUCCCAACAUCACCUACACCCUCGUGAAUACCGCCGGGUCGCCUCGUGACUUCGUGAUCACCAACAAGCAGUACAUGCUGGCGAGCUCCGAAGGCGAGGAGGCGGAGUGCACGCCCGCCUUCAUGCUCAUCGACGUGCCGCGGGCUCACGGCCCCGGGAUGGUCCUUGGUGAGGUGUUCUUGCGGAUCUUCUUCUCGGUCUUCGACCGCGGCAGCGGCAGGGUGGAUGAGGCGCGGCUGGGCCUUGCGGCCUCGAUCCACGACGCAUCCUCCAAGUUCCGCCUGAAGGGGCUGACCCGCAACCAGCCGGUCUAUCAUCGCCCAGAAUAG